AUGAGUAACGACAAUGAUGACUAUGACCUGUACUCAGACUUGACAGUGGCGGCCAAGUCUCACGAAGACGAUUCGAUUGAUGAAGACGACGAUGCUGAUCAUCACGACAAAGAGUUGCAAACACUCAAAGACAAGAUAUCCGCUCUAGAACAGUCCAACAAGAAGAUACAACAAGACAACAUCGAUGCCAAUCAACAGAUCAGUGCACUAAAGACACAAGUCCAACAGACUACGAGUCAGAAUGAGAACCUUCAGAAGAUCAAUGAGAUAUUGAUGAAGAACAUAUCAUCGUUGUUCAAGACUGCUUUGGUGGAGAUGCAGCGCAAAGACAAGGACAUUGAGUCUCUGAGGGAGCAAGUAAACAACGCGCCAAAGAGGACUUAUCGAUGA